AUGGCUUCAACACAACCUCCGAAAGACCGCAAUAGCUUCCGAGUGGCAAUUGUGUGUGCUCUACCUCGUGAGGCUGAUGCCGUCACGCUACUCUUUGACGAAUUUUGGGACGAGAUAAGUGAUCCUUACGGCCGAGAGGACUCAGACACGAACACCUACAUCACUGGACGCAUUGGGCGACACAACGUCGUCCUGGUAACUUUACCUGGCCCGGGUACAAACAACGCGGCAGCUGGAGCUGCCUACCUCACCUUAAGUUACCGUAAUCUCAAGCUCGCACUACUCGUCGGCACCUGCGGCGGUAUGCCACGCAUCAACGACAUGGAUGCCUAUCUUGGCGAUGUAGUUAUAAGUAAGACUAUCAUCCAGUAUGACUUCGGCAGACUUUACCCGGGCCACUUUAUCAUCAAAGACGCACCCGAGGAUAGGAUUGGAAGAGCAAAUAAGGAUAUACGAACCAUGCUGGCAUCAUUCGAAAUGGAAUUUAUGAGGAAGCGUCUGAAAAUAGCUGCUACAAGCCACCUAAGCCAUUUGCAAGAGGUUGCGAAGGAACAAGACCGGAAAGCCGAGUAUCAAUACCCAGGAACAAAACAGGACCGGCUAUUCCCCCCGGAUUAUUCUCACAAUCACAGAAAGUCAUGCAGCGUGUGUAGCGAUGACUCUAACGUCUUCUGUGAAGCAGCUUUCAAAUACUCAUGUAUAGAGGCUGGAUGCGACCUAUCCAAGUUGAUUCCCCGAGAUCGUGAAGACGAUCUUCCUGAAGGCGCAGAUUUCACACCAGAAAUAUUCAUCGGGCGACUCGGUUCAGCGAAUCAAGUUGUGAAAAGUGGCGUUGAUAGAGAUGAACUCGCCGCCAGACAUGAUCUUGAUGCCUUCGAAAUGGAAGGAGCUGGUAUAUGGGAUGAGAUCCCCACAAUGAUAAUUAAAGGAAUAUCUGGUUAUGCGGAUAGUCACAGGAAUGAGGCUUGGAAAGACUUUGCAGCCGCUACAGCAGCCUCUGUGGCUAAAGCAAUCCUUGGACGAUAUCCAAGCGGUAAUAGUGUUCAGCCUUCGGCCCCUGUCAGCGGACAACAGGACUUGAACGAGCGUAGCGUCGCUAGUAACUCGCUUUUAAAUGCAACAUGGAGCAACCAGGGCCAUAUCGCAGGGGACUUGACAUAUAUGCCUGGGCCGGUUCAGCUGCCUGGAGAGAGCAACGCUACCAAUCCUUCUCGCUUUCUAUUGGAGCAGUAG